CAUGACCGUGUGUUCCUUCAGCUGAACGUCUCGAGAUGUCAUUAUGGCGGAGCCUUCAGCGCAGAAAGACGAUAAUGUGUGGCAGGAUUUAAACCAAUUCCAGGUCGUAACUGGACAAGAGCUUCAUCUGAAAGCUGAGGAGAUGUCGCUUCUGCUGGAUGGACUUUCAGACAUGGCGAGCGCGUUUGAGAUGAGCUCGUACACAUGCACGGAGGACAUGUUAAACCACUUCGACGAGAAGUUACAGUUAUGCUUCCAAAAUCUACAGACUAAACCCAGUACCGUAGAUCCAAUGAAGACAAUAAACGAGGACACGACCCUUAAAUGUGAUGAGAUCUGGAAUGCUCUGACGGAAAACUAUGGCAAUGUCAUGCCAGUGGACUGGAAUCAGUCUCGAGUUCGUUCGCUUCAUCUCUCAACACUGAGUCUUGAAGACAGGCCGCGACUGGAGAGCUUGAAUCUGGAUGUGUCUGACGAUGAGGACUUGAGAGAGCAGAUGGACCUACAUUCCAUCAUUGUGUCCUGUAUCAGUGAAGAGCCACUCCUCACUGCUGAACAGGUCAUUGAGGAGCUGGAGGAGAUCAUGCAGGAUUCACCAGAGAUGGAAUUAGAGCAGAACCCUCCACAUUCAGAACUCUCAGUCGUCUCUCAGAAGACCCAAAGAUCUCACAACAGAGUGAGGCUUAUGUCUAUAUCGGAGCUAAAUGAGGUUCUGGAGAUGGUGGAGACAUCCAUCCGUGGACAUUCAGAGGAGUUGAUCCAGCAUCUGGCCAUGAGGGAUGAGCUAGAGUUUGAGAAGGAGGUGAAGAACAGCUUCAUAUCAGUUCUCAUAGAUGUGCAGAACCGACAGAAGGAAAACCGAGAGAUGCUGAAGAAGAAGAAGAAACUCAAGAACACAGCCGAAGCACUGCAGGCUCGAUCAGAAAGACUGUCCUCUUCUCGCUUCAGUAUGGAGGGCAUCUCUUCUGCUAUUCAGAAUGGGUUUCGGCACACUUUUGGGCAUGUGGGCGGGGAAAAGCAGUAUGUAACAACAGUGAUCCCCUACGAGAGGAAAGAUGGGCCGCCAUCCGUCCAAGACCUGCAGAUUUUUACCAAAAUUUUAAAAGCCAUGAGAGAUGACAGUGACAAAGUACCAAGUCUCCUCACAGACUACAUUCUCAAAGUACUGUGCCCCACCUAGAGAGAGGAAAGACACUUGUCUUCUCAUCUGUGUCGAGGAUGGCUCCUUGGUUUUCUCCAAAACAAGAACUUCUGGAGGGAUUUAAUUCACUGUGUAACCUUCCCACUGUUGAACAAUGAAUGUGUGCAAGACUGAAUUCUUCUGUAUUGAAGUGUUUUACCCUAAAUUUUGCAUGUUUGCAGUAUUCUGUUUGAUCGCAUUAAGGUUUGCUGUCCUUGUGUAAAGGUGAAGCUAAGGUUUAGUUGUGUGUAUUCAACCAUCCCCUGGUAAGCAUUAGUUUAUCCAGGUGUGCUCUGAAACAUAUUCAAAGUUUGACUUUUGUGUCACCAAGGGAUGAUGUAUUUCCAAUCCUAAGGGUUGAUUAGUCGUCCCGAGCACGAGUGCACUUAUUGGUCUUUUAACUGUCUAUUUUGCUCAGGUUGAUAGAACCCUAGUGAGUGAAUCAACUGAUUUAAUGCCUUAUGUCACUACAUGUCUAUUCACUCAUAAUAUACUGUACAAACUCUGUUCCUAGAACUUUACUCAUGAGGUUGUGUAGAAACGAUUUACUGAACAAACAUCUGACCUCUGGCCUAUGCAUUACAGUAUUGUCUAAAAGGCAUAACUGUAGGCACAUGACGCUUUAUUAUGCUGAUGAGAUGAUAUUUUGGUGACUGUGUUUUGUUUUGUCCUGACUGAAACAUCUGCUUGUGUGCCUACUGAAUCGGUUAUCCUGACAAGUGUUGGCUGUUAUUGGCUGGAGAGUGAUGGAGAAUGAUGAUUUAUUCAUGUCAUUAACAAACCUUUGUCUCUGUGUUUUUAUUUAUUUUUUAUUAAUAAUGACCUGGCAUUCAUAUUGUUUAACAGUUUUGUAUAAAAUGUAUAAACUAUGGCAAUUUCUGUUUCUCACUUUCUUUUAUUUAUACUUUUAGAAUUAAAAAGGAAUAUAUAUAUUUUAAAACUA